AUGGGGUCGGCUGUGGCCCCAUCGUACACAAAUGCAUUCAUGUACCGCCUUGAAGUUCAAAUGUUUUCCUUAGAUCCACAGGUAUCCGCGCAGGUUUUUUACUACAGGCGUUACAUUGACGACCUGCUCAUCUUAUGGCAGGGACCUAGGGACAAUCUUGUAUCCCUUUUGGAUAAUCACAACAAGACCAGCCAUCCAGUACAAUUCACGUAUGACAUACAUAAUGAUGUCAUUAACUAUCUGGAUGUGACGAUCUCCGUUGGUUACAUCCAGCUUAAACAGUCUGGUUCCCUAGGAUACUCGCCUGCGACGCGGCGCACCGCUGACGUCACUGGAAGGAGACACGGCAAGUGUGGCUGGACGGUCCGGCGGGCGGCGGCGCCUCGUGGCAGCUUGGUGGAACUGACAGACGAAAUCCUGAAGCUGCUGAUGGAACUAGUGUUCCGGCUGGUGUGUAAAGGAGAGCUCAGCCUGGCUCACAUGCUGCGCAAGAACAUUCUGGAGAAAGUGGAUAACAAGAGGAUGCAGAGUCACUGCAACUCUGCUAUGAGACCACUCGCUGCCAGGGGGGUGGCCGCAAGGCCAGGAACUCUCCAUGACUUUCAUAGCCAUGAAAUUGCCGAACAACUUACUCUCCUGGAUGCAGAACUUUUCUACAAGAUUGAGAUCCCCGAGGUUUUGCUGUGGGCAAAAGAGCAAAACGAGGAGAAGAGCCCAAAUCUGACACAGUUCACAGAGCACUUUAACAACAUGUCCUACUGGGUCCGAUCUAUCAUCAUGCUUCAGGAGAAGGCACAGGACCGGGAGAGGUUGCUGCUUAAAUUCAUCAAAAUUAUGAAGCACCUGAGAAAACUGAACAAUUUUAAUUCCUACCUUGCCAUCCUUUCUGCCCUGGAUUCCGCCCCCAUCCGUCGGCUGGAGUGGCAGAAGCAGACAUCUGUUAUGCACACCAGGGCUUGCUGA